AAUGCAGUGCGGCCCUACGCAAAUUGUGAUUGGCUAACGAAGAGCCGUUUCAGGAAGGAGUGCACUGAAUUAAGUUCGUCCAUUUAUCAACUGAAACUCCGCAUGGUCAUCUGCUUUUGAGAAUUUCUCUACAUUCAAGUCCUACCACACAGUGCUCUCAUGGCUGGAAGAAGAGUAGUGGUUUUUCCUUCCUCAGCAGAGCUGGGACCAGUGCUGGCCCAGCUAGUAAAAUCGCGGGCUGACAAGGCCAUCUCUGCUCGGGGCAGGUUCACCCUGGGGCUCUCUGGUGGAAGCCUCGUUUCCAUACUCGGCAAAGAGCUUCUCGCUCUGCCAGAACUGGACUGCAGUAAGUGGGUGGUUGGCUUCUGCGAUGAGCGCCUGGUGUCUUUUGAUGAUCCGGAGAGCACCUAUGGGUUGUACAAGAAUCAGUUGUUUUCCAAGAUCAAUAUCCCUGCUAGUGGGAUCUUAACCAUUGAUCCCUCUCUGCCCGUGAAGGAGUGUGCUGAAGAUUAUACCUGCAAACUAAAAGAGGCAUUCCCGGGUGAUCACUUCCCUGUAUUUGACAUAUUACUGCUGGGUAUGGGACCUGAUGGGCACACCUGUUCCCUUUUUCCGGACCACCCUCUUCUGGAGGAAACACAGAAGAUUGUGGCGCCUAUUAGUGAUUCUCCCAAACCGCCACCACAGCGUGUUACUAUGACUUUUCCAGUGGUGAACUCUGCACACUGUGUGGCUUUUGUGUCAACAGGAGGAAGCAAAGCACCUGUUUUGAAGGAAGUACUGGAGGGUAAAGAAGGUCCAGCGUUACCAGCAGCUCGUGUUGUCCCAACCGUUGGUGAACUGUUCUGGCUCAUAGAUGACCCUGCAGCUGCUUCUUUAACUAUCCAGGUAGAGAGGCCAGGCUCAGAGGUCAAACUAUAGAGCAGUCUGUGUGAUAAAGGCAGGAAUUCAACACUGUAUGGUGCAAUACAUUCCUACAUUGGUGAGUGAUUAAUUAGGAUACUGUAGAUAAUCACAAAAACAUAACUUUUUAAUGUAACCCUUGCUGGAUGUUUGUGUGUUCAGUGUAUUGUAUAUGUCAGAGGAAAUUUUAUUCAAGUAUAUGCUUUGUUUAUUCUUUAGAGAAUUGUAAAUGUGCAACACUUGAUGGUGAUAAUUAUUCAGUUGUGCUACAUGCACAUUUAACAAGUCUGAAAUGGAAUGUAGAAAAAAUCAUCUUCUUCUUUUUUGGUUUAAUUUUUCAGACAAAUUGUUCAAAGUAUUAAAACAUGGCUACAAAACAUCUUUAUCAUUUUUAUUUUCUUUAAUAAUUUUGCACAGCAGCACAUUUACCUUACCAAGUUACUAAGCAGCCUAAAUGUGUUGUAAAAAGUCAUGUAUGUUUCAGUCCUCAUCUGCGCAUGCUUUGUAAAUGACCAAAUAAAGUCACAUCCCUUUGAUGGUGAAAAUUUU